UAGGGUCAUUCUUGAAUUGAAACGUCCAUAGCCACACAAUUGCAAUAUUUUCAACAAUAUCACUUUGGUCUUCUUCUUUCAUGUUUGCAUUUUAUCUCAUUUUCAUUCACACUGCUCAAAUAUUCAGUUUCUGAGCUUUCAUGGCGGCUUAUGCAGCUCUGAUUUCUCUUAUGAGAGUCAUAGAUGAUAUUGAAACUCAUCCAUUCCCUCCAAUUUUUCUCGAUAAACAACAAGUUGAAUCUCUCACUGAAAAACUUGUGUUUUUGCAGGAAUUUCUCGAAAGCUAUAACUCUCCUUAUGCAUACAGCGACGAAGCAGAUCCGUUGGAGAUGCGCAUUGUAGAUACAGCUCAAGCGGCCGAAGAUGUGAUCGAGUCAUAUAUCAUCGACACUAUUCACCUUUCUGCGGCAGCAACUGACGAUGGUGCUAGUGGUGGUGGUGAUGAUGAUGGCGGUGGUGUUGGUGGUGAUGGUGAAGGUGAUGGUGAACAAAUUAGUUGCAUCCACUUCUAUCAGGAUCUGCAAAAUGUGAUUGAAGAAGUGGAUAUGAUCAAAAAGGAGGUGACUGGAAUAACAAGGGAAAAGGUAGUGCACCAGAGGAACGUGGCGGAUUUACGAUCCAGUAGUUCCACUGAGAAGAACCUUAUCAUGGUAGGGUUUGAUGAUGUGCUUCUUCAACUCUUGGAUAGGCUUACUGAUGGAAACACCAAUCGCCAAAUCAUCCCUAUCGUGGGGAUGGGUGGAAUCGGCAAAACUACUCUCGCAAAAGGAGGGUCCUCGAGCAGUAUGGAUGAGAAAGAAUUGGUAGUAAAAUUAUACCAGUAUUUAUGGGGUAGAAGAUAUCUCAUUAUAUUGGAUGAUAUGUGGAGUAUAGAUGUGUGGGAUAAGUUGAAAUUUUCCUUUCCUGAUUGUUGUAAUAGUAGUCGAAUACUAGUCACAACUAGGAUGUCGAACUUGGCUGCCCACUUGACUGAUUCCUAUAACGUCUUCAAGAUGGGAUUUCUAGAUGAGGCUGGUAGUUGGACUUUGUUCUCCAAAACUGUAUUUGGAGAACAAAGUUUUCCUACUCAACUCGAGAGCAUUGGAAAGGAAAUUGUGGAAAAGUGUAAUGGACUUCCUUUGGCGAUUGUUGUCAUAGGGGGUCUAAUGGCUAAAUCCGAACCUACACUAGAAUAUUGGGAGCACAUAAAGGAAAACUUAAGCUCAAUAGUGAAUUCGGAGAAUGAUGAUUAUUGCUUGAGAAUAUUGAAACUAAGUUAUAAUUAUUUGCCUGCCUAUCUAAAGCCAUGUUUUUUAUACAUGGGAGUGUUUGAGGAAGACCGUGUGCUUAGUGCUUCAGAAAUUGUCAAGCUAUGGGAUUCUGAAGGGUUUCUUAAACCAUUAGACAACAAAAGCUUGACAACAAUUGCAAAAGAGUACUUGCAGGAGCUAGUUGAUAGGAAUCUCAUUUUAGUUCAUGGGUUGGGGUUACUUGGGAAUGUAAAAUACUGCAAAAUUCAUGAUUUACUAAGAGAUUUAUCAAUGAAAGAAGCUCAAAAACAGAGGUUUUUUCAUGUUUUGAGAGAAGAAAGUCCUGAAGGCGUAAUUAGACAACACCGGAUUGUUAUUCCAAGAAGUACUUCUAAGGAAAAAAUCCGCAAUGCCUUUGAAUCCAUGUCACAUGUUCGUUCUUGUUUACUAUGGUGUGACAAGAUUAGUGAUCUAGAAUUGCCAAAAUCUAGAUUUCUGAGGACACUACAUGCAUAUGGACUUUAUACAAAGAGAAAUACCCCAAAACCUGUGAACUCACGAUACCUUGCUUUUCGAAACGUUCCUCUGCAUGUGCAAACUUCAAUCAAAUUGCUCUGGAAUCUACAUACACUAAUCAUUUUUUGGGAGGGUGAUUCUAUUGGACGAAUUGAUAUCUGGAAAAUGCUUAAACUUAGGCAUGUCGAGUUCUAUAAUCGAACGAUGCAUCUCCGAGCUCCCCCGAGCGCUGACGAUGAUAUUAUUGUCAUGAAGCAUCUAGAGGUGCUCAGAGGAGUGAAGAAUCUCAAUUUGAGUGAAGAUGUUGUUCAAAGAAUUCCCAAUAUCAAUAUAUUAUCCAUAAUUUAUGAUAUGGAAGUAAUUGAGGGAGUGAACUAUCUCAGCUGUCUUCAGUGUCUUACUAAACUUGAAUCCUUGAGUUUGUUCGUCUACUCCACCAAUAACGGAAGGUAUGUUCAGAAGAUGAGCUUCCCAGACUCCCUUAAGGAGUUGGAACUCUCUUUCCCAAUCGGUUUUGAGUGGGAAGACAUACUGCCAAUGAUAGGGGCCUUACCACUUCUUCACAAGCUCACAUUAAUGUGGAGGUCGCUUCAAAAAAGGCGAGUGGGAAACAGUUGAAGGCCAAUUCCCCAGCCUCAGGUCACUAAGCUUGGUCUCUUGUCAAGAUCUAGAAAACUGGACAGUGUCAGAGAGCUCCCAUUUUCCAUUUCUUCAGAAGCUUCGUCUUUUUAAUAUGAAAAAAUUGAAGGAGAUUCCUUCAGAAAUUGGAGAAAUACCAACACUCAGAUCAAUUGAAUUGGAUUAUUGCAAUGAAUUAUUGGUGUUGUCAGCUAAAGAGAUAUUGAAGGAGCAAGAGGAUUUACAAGGAGACCAACUAGACCUUCAUGUCCGUGCUUACGUCGAGGAGAAAGAUGAAGCGUUGCUGAGGCUGGCAAGUUCCAAUUUUAAAGUUUCUGUGCUUCCGUCGAGGAGAAAGAAUUGAAGUGAUUUGAUCGCUCUUCUUUACCUUGUAUGCUUCCCUCCAUAAUAUUAGUGAAGUCUUCUCUUUCUUUGUAAA